AUGGCCUCAAAAGCGAUUGGAGUUGCAGAAAAUUUGAGGAGGAGGAACAUUAAUAUUAAUCCAUAUUGUUCCAGUUGUUGUCUUGGACUCGAAACUAGUGAUCAUAUAUUAUUUUCGUGUCCUAACAUUAUCCCUGUAUGGCGCUCAGCUGGGUUCCCAACUUCUCUACUUGGAGACCCGACAAGCAGUGUGGAAGAUAAGCUCAGAUAUUUGAUCAGAUUACACCAUGAUACCAAAGCUGAACCGAUUAAACGUUUUCUUCCCUUCUGGGUCUUGUGGAGACUAUGGAAGAGUCGAAAUGAUCUCGUCUUCAAUAAAAAAACCACUAGACAAGAAGACUUAGUGAAGCUGGCUAUCAAUGAUACAAUAGAAUGGAUGACUUGUCUCAACUUAACAGAAGAAUAUCGGAACACAACUGGUGCACAAUCUCGCAGAGACACUUGGACAAAGCCUCCACCUGGUUGGAUCAAAUGUAAUUACGAUGCGUCUCACAUCGAAGGUAAUAACAUAUCGGGUCUCAGCUGGAUCAUACGCGAUUCCAAUGGAUUUCUGCUUCACUGUGGAAUGGGAAAAUUUCAAGGAAGGACAACAAUUGAAGAAUCGGAAUGCACAGCUUUAAUAUGGGCAAUCCAAUCAACUAGGGGACUAGGCUACCGGAAAGUCAUCUUUGAAGGAGAUAAUAUCAACAUUACUCAACAGGUCAACAACAGGAGCUCAAAACUUCGACUGAAACAUUACCUGGAUACUAUAGAGGGUUGGAAAGCGGAUUUUGAGACAGUGGCUUUUAGCUUCCGACAUCGAGAGCAAAAUCACUGUGCUGAUAAAUUAGCAAAACAGGCAAUUGUCAGCCUGAAUGAUUAUGAUCUGUAUCACUCAUGUCCUUUCUUCUUACAACAAUUUGUAAACAAUGAUACAAUGUUUUAA